AUGAGGUUAUGGGAUAGCCUGAGCACUUAUUUGGUUCUGCUCAGCGCAGUGCGGGUCAGCUCGCUGCGGAGCCAAAAGAGGGGAGCCCCAGCCGCGGAGAGUCCCCUGGAGGUCCCGCCGGUCCACAUGCGUCUGGUUGCUGCCUCCCCCAGAAUAAACCAGGAGGACUCAGAGGACAGGGGGAGCAGGCUGGAGAGGGGCGAGAAGUACUCUUUAAAGAGGCGCCUCCCAGAUGAUGAAGAAAUAGUGGAGUUCAUCAAGGCAAUGAUCAGUCGAGUGCGUCGCUCCUCCUCAUCAGCAGAGUCUUCGUCCACCUCCUUCUACUCUCUUUCCUCCACUAGAGAAAACCUGAACUUCAGGACUCGUCACAAAAGCGAGACUAAGAAGAAGAAGGGUGGCAAAAAGAAAGCAGGAGAACUCGGAGGAGAGGAAACGAGCAGGAAGAGGAGAAGAGGAGGUGGUGGGCGAGGACAGGGCUGCGCUCUCAAACAGAUCCACCUGAACGUGUCGGACCUCGGCCUCGGCUACCGCUCCAGUGAGGAAAUGAUAUUCAGGUACUGUUCGGGGCCCUGCAGGAAGUCCGAGACCAACUAUGAUAAAAUCCUCUUUAACCUGGUUCAGAAGAGGAAGCUUCCUCACAAAGACACGACCCUGCAGGCCUGCUGUCGGCCCACGGCCUUUGACGAUGACCUCUCGUUUCUGGACGACAGCCUCAUUUACCACACGGUCAGGAAGCACUCCGCCCGGAAAUGUGGCUGUGUGUAG